AUGGACGACCCCUGGGCCACGCCAUGGGGCAGCGGCAGCGGCGGCGGCAAGCCCCCGCCGCCAGACCCGCUUCGCGGCAUGAGCAUGUCCCCGCCGCCCGCGCCGCUCGAGGACGAGGUCGCGGACCCCUGGGGCCCGCCGACGGCUAGCAAGGCGAAGGCUAAGGCCGACCCGCUGCCCACGCUCGCUAGCUUGGGGGUUACGCCGAAGCCACCUGCAGCAACAGCAAUGGGCUGGGGCGAUGUCAGCGGCGGGUGGGGCGCGCCGGCACCGGCGCCAUCACUGCCAGUGGAGGAGCCGGCACGAGCACCCACCCCCGGGCCUGAGCCAGAAGAGCCUGAAGAGGAGGAGGAGGAGGAGGAGGUCGAACUGACGCCAGAACCAGAACGAGAACCAGCACCAACACCAGCACCACAACCUGCACCAAUACCCCCUGCCCCCACAGGCUGGGCAGCCGACCCCGAGGCCGAGCUCGAGCGCACGCUCUCCCGCCUCGCGACCCCGCCGCCCCCGCGCCUCAGUCUGGGCAGCGGCGCACGCGAGCUGUCUCCGCGGGAGAGCCUGGAAGCGGCGCUCGCAGCGACGGGCUCGCCGCGCAAGUCGCUGAGCCUGUCGCCGCGCGCGUCGCUCGACGCCUCCGCGCGGUCGUCGUUCGAUGCCGUGCGCUCGUCCGCCGAGGUCGUGCGAUCCGGCUCGCCGCUCAAGGCUGUCGCUGCGGCUGCGGCUGCUGGCACUGGCCUCGAUAGCGCCGGGCUUGCGGGCGCGAGCCUCGCUGGCGCCGCCAUGGUGCGCGCAGCUUCGUUUGGCGGCGAGGACUUUGGCGACUUUGGCGGCUUCGACGCCGGCGGCUCAGGCUUCGGCUCCGCCGAGGCCAGCUUCAGCGCCGACACGGCUGAUCCGUGGGGUGGCGGCGGAGGCGGUGGUGGUGGCGGCUGGGGGGCGCCUGCUGGUGCCGCUGGCUCGUCGAGCCCGUCGUCACGCCUGUCGACGCCCGCCCCCGACGCCGACGACUCGGACGAGUACGCCGCGUGGGGCGGCGUGUCCCGCCCCAAGGGCCCCGAGGCGCCGACUGCCCAGGAGACGCAGUGGGAGUCGGCACAGCGCACCAUGGCACUGCAGCAGGCGCGGGCGCCGUUCGAGAAGGUCGAGCGCCUCAAGCGCGACUGGGACGAGGUGGCCGUCGCUGCCAUUGGCGUCAACACGGUCGACGCGCUCACCGAGUCCGAGGAGGCGACCCUCGACCAGGGCGUCAAGGCCGUCGACGACAAAGUAUCCGACACCCUGUCGGCGCUGGGCACGCUCCCCUCCGGCAUAAACACGUAUCCUACUGUGCUGUCCGCGCAGACAAGCUACCAGAAGUACCAGGCGGCGCUGGCGCGCCCGAACCCCAACCCUGCGAGCUCGCUGCUGCAUGUGCCUGUGCGCGCGCGGCGGCGCGACGAGUCGCUGACGUCUUUCGGGCCGGGACUUGACGCGCUCUGGUCCGGGCGGUCCAAGCUCGGCGAGCCCGACGCGAUCGUGGCGGCCGCGGCGGCGGCGGUCGACGAGGCCGGCCCGAGCAAGUGGUCGUUCUGGCGCAAGUCGACGGCGCCGCCCAAGACACUGACCACGAGCGGGGGCGGUAUCCUAGAAGUGAAGGAUGUCUCCUCGCCGGCCGUGGCGUCGCCCACGAGCAUGACUGGUGCGCGACCGGCGACACCGACCGGGUCCAUCAACGACACGGGGAGCAUCGCGCCGAGCGUGGGCUCGAACCGGGCUUCGACAUCGCGCGCGCCCUCGAUCUCGUCGCGGCCUAGCACGCCGGCAGUGGACAAGCCGCCGGCGGCAGAGGCGCAGGACGCGCCGCCACGCUCGUCGACCGAGCCUGCCGCGCCAUCAGGCGUCUCUCGCUUCUGGGGCCGGUUUGGCCGGCGUGCCGCGUCGCAGCCCGUGCCGUCUGAAGACGUCGGCGAGAUCAAGGAGGACAUUGAGCUGUCACCGGACGACUUUGCGUUCUUAUCCGACGUCCCGUCGACCGUGGCCCCCGGCACGGGCGACCUGCUCGCCAUGGACGGCGGGAUGCCGGGCAUCGAGAGCAUCCUCGCCCCUGCGCCACCCCCGCUGCCUGCGCCGCUGGCCCCGCCACCGCGCGGAGCAAGUGGCUCCGGCGGCGCGUUCGCCGCGCGUGUCGCGCCGCCCAAGCCGGCCUCGUCAGACUUUGAUCUGCUCUCCGGGCUCGACUUUGACGCGCCGGCACCAGCGCAGGCAGCGGCGCCGUCCACCACAUCACAGGGGAUAUCGUCUCCUCCCGUCCCCGCCGCGUUCUCCUCUUCGCCCCUCACGGCGUCCCGCCCCGCGUCAAUGGCAAGCAUGGGCUCGCUCGGCUCCAUCCCGUCGCCGACCCAGCUGCCUUCCGCCCAGGCCUCGCAGUCCUCGCUGGCAUCCUUCGCUACCCUGCAGGCCGUGCCGUCUCUCAAGCCCACACCGACGGGCGACAGCCUGCGCAGCCUCUCCCCGCAGCCGGCUCCGGCGGCGUCACCGUCGCCCUUCGCCCCAAGCCUGAGCCAGACGCUAGCACCGACGCCAGCAGUCCUGCCAGCAUUCACGUCAGCACCAACUCUAGCCCCCUCUGCUCCAUCCCCCGCCCCUGCCCCCACAGACGACUUUGGAGACUUUGGGGACUUUGGAGACUUUGGCGCGCCUGCCACGGCCACCACCGUCAACACGACAUUUGACGACUUUGGCGACUUCUCGGCCUUCGAGUCGCCCCAGCAGCCGCCGACGCCGCUGCCCAAGUCACCGAACCCGCCGACACCGAUCGCAAAGCACUCCAACCCGCCCACGCCUAUCUCCAAGCUCUCUCCAGCGGUGCAACAGACAUCGCGCUUCCCCUUCCCGGCGCAGUCACCUAGCCCGGCGUCGGCUGUGCUCGCGCCCAAUGGCGGCAGCGCAUCGACCAUGCGCAUCAGCAUGCCUCCCGGCCGCAGGGGGCCGAGCGUCGACCACACCCCGGCCCUCUCGCUCCUCACCAAAGCGUCCCACUCGCCUGGCCGGUGGCCGUCGCCUCCCAGCCCGGUGCCACCUCCACUGGCGCCACCGCCAAGCGGCACGACCCGCAACCCCCCUGGCGCGUCGUUUGGCCUCGCGCCACCCCCGCCGCCUGCCAACCGGCCAAACUAUGGCGGCGGCAACAUCAUUGAUCUUAUGGACGACGACUAG